CAAAAAUAGGACAACCGGUCUCCGAGCUCCUCCCUCUCUGCUGCCGUAGCCGCCCACUCGCUGUACUCCGCCGCGUAGUUGCUCUGUCUUUCACUGGAGAUCACGAACGCCGGAGUACUCUGAACCAGCAAGCAGCCAUGGCAGAAAACGCCGGCUUGGAUAACCACCGUAUCAAGAGCUUCAAAAACAAGGGACGCGAUGUCGAGACUAUGAGAAGACAUCGAAAUGACGUGACAGUCGAGCUGAGGAAGAACAAACGAGACGAGCAUCUCCUGAAGAAGAGGAAUGUCCCACAGGAGGACAGUCUGGAGGACUCCGACUUCGACUCCGACUUCAAAGGGCAAAACGUCACACUAGAGGCGAUCUUACAGAACGCCACCAGUGAUAAUGCUGUGGUCCAGCUUAGUGCCGUACAGGCUGCCAGAAAACUCCUCUCCAGUGACCGAAACCCUCCCAUUGAUGACUUGAUAAAGUCUGGCAUCCUGCCCAUCUUAGUCAAAUGUCUGGAGAGAGACGACAAUCCGUCUCUUCAGUUUGAGGCAGCCUGGGCCCUGACCAACAUAGCGUCUGGCACGUCACAACAGACCCAGGCUGUGGUCAAGUCCAAUGCUGUUCCCCUGUUCCUGCGUCUGCUCCACUCUCCCCAUCACAAUGUGUGUGAACAGGCCGUGUGGGCGCUAGGCAACAUCAUAGGCGACGGGCCACAGUGCAGGGAUUACGUAAUCUCCCUGGGCGUGGUCAAGCCCCUGCUGUCCUUCAUUAAUCCCUCCAUCCCCAUCACCUUCCUCCGUAACGUCACCUGGGUCAUUGUCAACCUCUGCCGCAACAAGGACCCACCGCCCCCCAUGGAGACAGUACAGGAGCUUCUCCCAGCGCUGUGUGUUCUUAUAUACCACACAGAUAUAAAUAUCCUUGUGGACACGGUGUGGGCUCUGUCUUACCUGACAGACGGUGGGAACGAGCAGAUUCAGAUGGUGAUAGACUCUGGCGUGGUCCCCUUCCUUGUCCCCCUGCUCAGCCACCAGGAGGUCAAAGUUCAGACGGCUGCUCUGAGGGCGGUGGGGAAUAUUGUGACUGGGACAGACGAGCAGACACAGGUGGUGCUCAACUGUGACGUCCUCUCCCACUUCCCCAACCUGCUCACACACCCCAAAGAAAAGAUCAACAAGGAAGCAGUGUGGUUCUUGUCCAAUAUCACGGCUGGGAACCAGCAGCAGGUCCAGGCAGUGAUCGACGCAGGACUCGUCCCCUUGAUCAUCCACCAACUGGCCAAGGGGGACUUUGGCACUCAGAAGGAGGCAGCAUGGGCCAUCAGCAACCUCACCAUCAGCGGCAGGAAAGACCAGGUGGAGUACCUGGUGCAGCAGAAUGUGAUCCCUCCGUUCUGCAGCCUGCUGUCAGUGAAGGACUCCCAAGUGGUUCAGGUGGUCCUAGAUGGCCUCAAGAACGUCCUUAUCAUGGCCGGGGACGAGGCCAGCACCAUUGCUGAGAUCAUAGAGGAGUCUGGAGGUCUGGAGAAGAUAGAAAAUCUGCAGCAACAUGAGAAUGAGGACAUCUACAAAUUAGCCUUCGAGAUCAUCGACCAGUACUUCUCAGGCGACGAUAUUGAUGAGGAUCCCAGUUUAAUUCCUGAAGCCACCCAAGGGGGGACCUUCAACUUUGACCCCGCCUCAAACCUGCAGACGAAGGAGUUCAAGUUCUAGGAGCCGGUCCAUCAAGCAGCACGGGUACUGUCAAACCCACCUCAGACAUUCAUCCACCUAUCUCUCCACCAAACUGGCAACUUGCUACAGAAGGAUUGUACACACCUGCUAUUACUUCAACAUGGUCACCCAUCUUGCAAUUGAAGGAUUCACCCACUGCCACCACCGCCACAAUACUCCACCUCUGUACUGAAGGAUCCCUAACAACUACCACUAUUCAUCACAACCUGGUAACCCAGACGGGUCCAGGUAAUUCAUCCAGCACCAAUACAAUCUGAUCUCAGGCAGUCGUAGCCGAUGCUUUGAAAUGUCAUGUGAAAAUCAUAUGGACGGAAGAAAAAGCCUGUUGGGGCAAUAUUUUAGAAUGGCCAAAUAUCACGAUCUACACGUACACACGCACAAAAACACAGUUGAAGACACUUGGGAAGAAUUUGUGCAGACUUGUUUUAGAAGCCAAUAUAUCACAGAUGGGGAAAGGAUACUGACGUUUGUUUGCGGGUUCGUUUUGUGCUUCACCUCUGGAUUGUCCUUGGAUUCUCAUUCUCCCUCAGUCAUGGUCACACGCACGUCGUCAGUCACACGCGCACGUCGUCAGUCACACGCGCACGUCGUCAGUCACACGCGCACGUCGUCAGUCACACGCGCACGUCGUCAGUCACACGCGCACGUCGUCAGUCACACGCGCACGUCGUCAGUCACACGCGCACGUCGUCAGUCACACGCGCACGCCGUCAGUCACACGCGCACGUCGUCAGUCAGGCACGCACGUAGUCAGGGACGCACGUCGUCAGUCAGGGACGCACGUACGUCGUCAGGCACGCACGUCGUCAGUCAGGCACGCACGUCGUCAGUCGCAGGCGCGCGCGUCGUCAGACACACACACACACACACACACACACAGUCACUCUCUCACAGACACACACACAGACACACAGUCACACACACAGUCACACACACAGUCACACACAGU